GUGUUUUGAUGAAAGGUCAAGAAUGACGAGAAUGCAUGGUGGCUAAUUUCAUUUUAAAGUUUGUUAAACAUUUUAAUUUGACUAGUAUAAACUAUUUGACAAGUUUACACCGUUCUCCUACAUAAAGUCAAAUGAAAGGAGUUGCUUAAGAGAGAGGAACAGUCUAAAUAAUGGUUGCAGAUAAAAAGGGGAGAAAGAUUUUCUGUGUACUGCAAUUUUGUCAGGAUGAUGCUUGUCAAGACCGUGAUUUUGGUAUCGGCUGCUCUAGCUUUGAGUUUGAUAGGAACUCAUAAAUCUGAGGCUGCCAGGCUGCCUGAAGACGAGGUGAAUGUUCUGAAUCAAAUUGCCAGGACAAUGGGAGCAACAGACUGGAAUUUUGAUGAAAACGUUUGCCAAGAGAAUGAAACAACCAGGGUAGAAAGAGGAUUUGUCCCUGAGAGAAACGUUACUUGCUACUGCCAGAAUGAAAACUGUCAUGUCACACAUUUAAUAUUUAAGCGUCAGAACCUUCCAGGUGCACUUCCAUCUGAACUAGUACUUCUUCCUCACCUCAUAGAGAUGUAAGCAACGCAACUCUUUUUCUCUCUGACAUCACAUGGUGUGCACGCAUAUAAAUUUAAGUAUAUUAGAAUGAUCUUAAUAUUGCGUGCAGUGAUUUUGCUUACAACUACCUGAAUGGUUCCAUACCAGCUGAAUGGGGUUCCAUGCAGUUGGAGAAAAUGUGAGUUAUUCUCCCCAACUAAUUUCACCAUAAACUUAUGCAAGAAAAGAUAAGAUAAUUGUUUGUUAUUGAGCUAACCAGACAACCUUCACGCAGCUCUGUCUUUGGAAACCGAUUAUUAGGGAGUAUCCCAAGCUAUCUGUGGAACAUUAGCACCCUUAAGUACUUGUAAGUUUUGAAGUACUCUAAUUCAUGGAUGAUGUUCAGAAACUGGAAUCCUUUUGGUCCAUAAAUUUUACAUUUAGAGAUAAACUUCUUAAAUUAUAUUAUUUGCAUACUUUUAGUAACGAAUUUUAAGUACACAAUCAGAGGAAUGAAGAGUUUUAUUCUCCGGUUGGUGAAUGUUGCGUCCUAUUAGUAACCUUAGCUUAUCUAUCUUUCAGGGAUCUUGAAGUAAACAAUUUUUCAGGACAAGUCCCUCCAGAGUUC